AUGCACAGGUGCAUUCUCGCUGCCCUGAGUAGCGCUCUACUUGCUGAAACCCUACUUGCUGCCCCAACAGCAUCCUCAUGCACAGCAACGGAUUACAGCCAAGUCUCUGCCGUCGUUGCUUCGUGUACAGAAAUCAUCCUCGACAAUAUUUCGGUACCCGCUGGGAGCCAGCUUGAUCUCACAAAAGUAAACCCUAGCACUACUGUGACCUUUGCUGGGACAACGACGUUCGGCUUCAAAGCUUGGAAGAGCCCUCUAAUCUUGAUUGGAGGGACAGAUUUCCACAUCACCGCUGCAUCCGGGGCCGUCAUUGACGGAAACGGAGCGGCUUGGUGGGAUGGAAAAGGCGACAACGGCGUCGAGAAGCCGAACCACUUUAUCCAGGUCAAAGCCGCUGGCACCCACUCGCUCAUUGAGAACCUUGUGAUCAAGAACUAUCCUGCCCAUUGUUUUACGCUUGGGGGGUCGAACUUGGUGGUCAAAAAUGUCAAGUUGGACAAUUUGGCUGGUGAGGCUCCGAACAAGCUAUCGGGAGGGGCGCCUGCUGCUCACAACACGGACGGCUUUAAUGUGAAAGCCACCAACGUACUUCUCCAGGACAUCACCGUAAUCAAUCAGGAUGAUUGCGUUGCGGUCAGCUCAGGCUCUAGUAAUGUCACCGUGCGGAACGCGUCUUGCGACGGUUCUCAUGGCUUAUCAAUUGGAAGCGUCGGCAGCGAUACAACCAUCAAGGACAUCUUUUUCUAUGAUUCCACGGUCAAGAAUGGUGAGAACGGCGUCCGCAUAAAGACAGUUUCUGGAGCAACAGCCAGCGUGGUCCAAAACAUUGUCUUCCAGAAUAUCACACUGUCCAACCUCAGCAAAUACGGUAUUGAUGUUCAACAAGAUUAUCUCAACGGCGGCCCAACAGGCAAUGCCACCAAUGGGGUCAAAGUCCAGGACGUGACUUUCAAGAAUGUUACCGGUACCGUUACUUCCAAGGCGAAGGACUAUUACAUUCUCUGUGGCAGUGGUAGCUGCUCAAAUAUUACUUUCUCGGGUGUCAAAGUUACCGGUGGUACUGAGGAUAGCUGUAACUUUGGAAAGCUUUGUUAG